CACCGGAAGUGAUAUAUAUUAAUUCCGGCUGGCUUGACACUGGUGUUGGAAAAGAUGGCUGCUUCGGCGGCAACGGCGAGUUCUUCCCCCGGUUUGUGUCCAAAUUACGCCGUGAUUUGCUCCUUCCUGGAGCGGUACGGCGCGUUGUUGGACUUACCGGAGCUCACCUUCCCCCAGCUGGAGAGAUAUCUGCAGGACACGUCCUCAGUCCCGAAGCUGCUGGUUGAUCUUCACGUCAAGUUGCUGAGGAAGAUCGGCAAGUCGGUGUCAGCAGACAGAUGGGAGAAGUAUCUGGUCAAGAUAUGUCAAGAGUUCAACACAACAUGGGCCUGGGAACUCGAAGAAAAAGGGUACAAGGAGAUGACGAUGGAGUGCAAGACGGGGAUCCUUAAAUAUUUGUGCGAGUGUCAGUUUGAUGAAAAUGUAAAGUUCAAAACUGCCAUCAGCGAGGAGGACCCCGAUAAAAUGCGCCUGCAGCCGAUCGGCCGGGACAAAGACGGCCAGAUGUAUUGGUUCCAACUGGAUCAGGACGACAACGUGCGCGUUUAUGUGGAGGAGCAGGACGACCUGGACGGGUCGUCGUGGAAGUGCAUAGUCAGAGAUAGAAAUGACUUGGCUGAGGUCGUGGCUCUGCUGAAGACACAAAUUGAUCCUGAGCUGUUGAAAAAGCAACAACAGGAAACCAAACCUGGAGAUGAAGAGGCUAAAAAAGCAGAAGGUGACGUUACAAAGACUGAAUCAGAUGAAGACAGCAAAGACUCCGACAAGGCCGUCCGCCCAGUCUCACCGAAGACUGAGAGCAACGGAGAAGUCGUGGAGAAAGACGACUUGAAAUCGGAAGCGUCUGAGGCCAAAUCGUCACUGAACGGCGUCGUCGAAGGCAAAACCGAAUCUGAACUUAAUUCAGAAAAGGCCGCAGUGGAUCACAGUAUCGGUACAAAAGCCCAGAACAUCAAAGAAGAGCCGAUGGAGGUGUCAGACACUAAAUCCAGCACAGCAACAAGUGAACCAGCUCCCGCCUCUGAGGCACCUUGUAUAUCAGUAAAGGCAGAAAAAGGAGAGGAGGCCAAGAAGAACAGCGCAGGGGAGAUUCAACAGGCGAUGAAGAACGACCAGCAGGCCAAAAUCCCUCUGAAAAAAAGAGGAAUGAAGUUUAGUGAAGACUUUGAAAAAAGUAAAAAUAGCGGCAGCUCUAUUAUUGUGCAAAAUCCAUCAGUUUCUCAGAAUAAAGAAGCUCCUAAAACUGAUGCAACUCCUGAUCAGAGAAAGAAAGCACAGAGUGUAAACGAUCACGUUAACGGCGAAGUUCAGCCGACAUCAGAGAAAAGUCAUUCGAGCGAGUCACCGAAAGACGCCGCCGCCGCCGACAAAGAACAGACGACUGAAGCAGCUGCAGGUAAAUCUGUAGAAGUCCGAGAAAAUGACUCACCGUCUACAGACAAAGAUGGCAUGAAAGAUAAAAAGGAUGGAGCUUCCAGCGCUGAGAAGGUCACAGAGGCGGUCGCAUCACACCGAGCAGACUCGGACAAGAAAGAUCUAAACAUGCAGGUAGACAAGGAAAGCGCUACAGAAAAGAGGGAAGCACACGAGUCUCCUCCAAAACCAACAGCAGAGUCGCCACCUUUACCUAAAGACGCACGUGAGAAGUCGUCUAAUCGCGAAGAGGAUGAAACAACGAAAGAAUCCAAACCAGCAGAUGCAAAAGAGUCUUCUACGGUGGACGAGACCACCGCAUUAAAGGAAACCGAUAAAACAUUAACGACCGAUGAGUCGAAGAAAGUCAGUUUGAAUCAUGAGGUCAAAUCCAAAGAAGUUGAGUCAAAAGAUUCAGAAAAAUCAAAGGGAAAACCAGGCUGUGUGGACACAUCAGAGUCAAAUCAGACAGAAGAGACGAAGAAGUCAGAGGUGACAGAAAAGGUAACGGACGUAAAGCAAACAGAAAUGAGUGAUGCUAAAGAAACUGAGAGUAAAGUAGAGAAAUCAGAUAGUGCCGCACUGAAGGAGAAGCCGGGAGUAAUUAAAACAACAGAAACACAGUCUGCAGACAAGGAUCCUGCAGAAAAACCUGACGACACUGAGAACAGUGUGUCACCAUCUGUCAUCAAAAAGACAGAAAUAAUAAAAGACGGCGACGAUACAAAGACUCCAGAAACACAAGAAGUCAAUCAAAGCUUUACAGUCAUUAAAAAGGCCGACAAGCCGUCAAUCAGUGAGAAAUCAGAAGAAACAUCCAACACUAAAGAGAGUUCGGAGUCGUCAGUUAUUAAAAAGGUAGACAAAUCAGAAUCAUGUAAACCUGCAGAGAAGCAAGACGAAGAACUCAAAGACGCAGAGAUGACUCCCGCUGUCGACGAGAAAACUGAGAAAGCCAAGGCAGCUUCCGAGACUAACACCGAAAAGACGGACACGACUGAAAAGACGGACAAGCCCGAAAAGACGGACAAACCUGAAAAGACGGACAAGCCCGAAAAGACGGACAAGCCCGAAAAGACGGACAAACCUGAAAAGACGGACAAACCUGAAAAGACGGACACGACUGAAAAGACGGACAAACCUGAAAAGAAAAAGACGGGAAAGGCCGAAAAGCCUGACGAGACAGAAAAGCCCGAAGACAUAAAGAAAACCGUCAACUGUGAAGACAAUACGAUACGUGAUGUCACCAAGGUAAGCGACUCUACGCCCAGGCCAACGAAGGAAGAAGCGGCGGCCGUAAAACGCGAUCUGACGAAGCCACGAGAGGAUGACGAAAUCGAAACGAACGCAGUCGUACAGAAGACGACAGAGGAAGCAUCUGAAGGGAAAGAUAAAUCAUCCAGCCCCGCCGAGAAGACGAGCGUCUCUAAAAAAGAUGAUAAAAAACCCGAAAGGCCGGACACGGAAGAGGAGAAGGUAACUGAAGAACAGCCCGAUAAAACCGAGGCAGAGAAUCCAUCAAAAGAAAGUAAAAAGGACGCCGACAGUGAAAAACGUACAAACGGAAGUGAGAAACUCCCACGUCGAGAUAAAGAAAGUAGUAGUAAAGAGGAUUCGGCGACAGAUAAACUCUCAAAAACUGACGGAACAAAGGAGAAACAAGCUCAUACAGAGAGCGAAACCUCAACCAAAAGAGAAGGAACAGACGGUGAAUCCUCAACUAAGACUGAGAAACCGGGCCCCCACCCAGACGCCGUCAAGCCAACCGACGAGGAAAGUAAAAGCAAAAGUGAAGAAGAGGACUCUGCAACAAAAAAGGAGGUGGCGAACGGUACCGACGUUCCAUCGGAUGUUAAAGAGGCGGUCGCCCAUCGGAAGGUCAAGGCUCCGGCCCACCGGAGGAAAGCGGCACUCCAGAGAGAAGAGAGACAAGCGGAUUCAGAGUCUGAUACGAACACCGGGGGGAGAUCUCUUCGAAGAUCACCGAGGAUCUCUAGACCGACACCGAAGGUGGUAGAGAUCCACGACAGGAAGCUGGAGAAAUCGCAGGCUCCUCCGCCGGCUGAGAAGAGUGAGAAGGAAAAAAACGAGGAGGAAGAGGACAAGGAAGAGGAGGAGCAGGAGUUGAAAACUGUUCAAAAGAAGCCGAGAGAGAAAAAGGCAGAUCAGGACGGUCAGCCUAAAGCCAAGGGGAGAAAGAGAAGGAAGAUGCGGUGGUCCAACACUCGAACGCGCCGUAAAAAGAAAGGCUCCGAAGACGAAGACGAAAACAGCGACGAGGAGUCCAGCGAAGACGAGGAGAGCGAGGAGGAGGACGACAGCGACGAAGACUACAAGGUCGAGCGGAGCAGAAAGAGGCGGAACCGCAACCGAGAAAGACGAAACUCGGACUCCUCGACAUCCUCGGAUGACGACCUACCUCCAAACGACGACCCCUGCAAACAUUGUGGUCUUCCAAAUCACCCUGAGCUGAUCUUACUGUGUGAUUCGUGUGAUAGCGGCUACCACACAGCGUGUCUGAGGCCUCCGCUCAUGAUCAUCCCGGAUGGAGAAUGGUUCUGCCCGCCGUGUCAACACAAACUGCUCUGUGACAAAUUAGAAGAGCAGCUGCUAAACCUCGAUGCCGCUUUGAAAAAGAAGGAACGAGCUGAGAGAAGGAAAGAGCGUCUCAUUUACGUCGGAAUCAGUGUUGAGAACAUCAUCACGCCCACCGUUGAGGUUGUGGAAGAAAAGCCGGAGAUUAUAAUCAAAGACAAGAAAGAAACAAAGCGAAGUAAGAGCUGGGGUCGAAGGUCAACGAGGACCAAGAAAAACAUCAGCUACAGAUUUGAUGAAUUCGACGAGGCGAUCGAGGAGGCAAUCGAGGAAGACAUCAAAGAAGCAGAGGGCGGAGGCGCUGGCCGGGGUAAAGACAUGGCCAACAUCACGGGACAUAGAGGAAAGGACAUGUCCACCAUCCUCCAAGGAGAUGAGGGCAAGGAGAACGGCCGGCCGCCACGACCCAACAUCAGCCAGCGCAAGAAGAAACGCCGGCGACUCAACGACCUGGACAGCGACAGCACUGUGGACGAGGAGGAAAGCGAGGAAGAGUUUCGCCUCAGUGAAAGCUCAGAAGAAGAGUUUGUAGUAUCGGAAAACGAGACGGAGGGCGAAACAGAGCCGGACUCCAACGACAGCGGGAAGCAUCAUAAGUCUUCGUGGGUCAAGAGGCCACCGACACGACGACGAAGCUCCCGAAAGCGACGGAGACCGAGAGGGUACUCGGAUGAUGAAGAAGAAGAAGAGACAGAUGAUGACGAUGAAGAUGAAAUAGUGACUGAAGGCUCAAGCGAGUACAGCGACAGUGAUCUGGAUAUGAGUAGACGGCGGUCUCGGCGGAGUCAGAAGAAGCAGGUGAACUACUGUGAGACGUCCGAGUCCGAAGGAUCUCAAGCAGAAACCAACCGGGACAAAAUGAAACCCAGACGUCGCCAGGACAGCUCCGAUAGCGAAGCGAAUUUCUCCAGAGACUCUGACGAAGAGUCGAGGGAUCGGAUGGUGAAGAGGAGAGCCGACUCUUCAAAGGAAGAUUCCCGGCAGCGGCACAGACGGCUCGCGCUAAAACGCAGGAGAGCUUCCGAAGAGGACGACUCGGACGACGACUCGGAGGAUGAAUCGUCAGAAGAGGAUCGUCCCGUCCGUAAACGGGUGAACCGCAUCGACUCGGACGAUGACGAGGAGGAGGAGGAGGAGGAGGAGGAGGAGGAGGAGGAGGAGGAGGAAAUAAAAGAAAAGAAAGCAGCUGAAAAAGCAGAGGAGGAAGGCAGCGCUCUGACAAAGGGAACAAACCAGUUGGACUGCAAUGCGGUGGAGCUGCCUCCCACCAACGGACAGAACCAGGUUAAGAGCGUCGAGGGUCUCUCGAGGGACGCUCCGGGCCUCACCGCAAACCUGGAGCCACCCAAAAACAUCAGUGCCACGCCAGCUGCCGCCAUAGCGCCAAACGGUCUGGUCGCCCAGGACAUGGCAGCGCAGGAGGACGACGAAGACGACCUGUUAGGAGUCACAGACCUAGUGGACUACGUCUGCAAUAACGAACAAUUGUAAAAAAACAAACUGGUGUACUGUUUCUCUUUUUUUUUUUUGUGGUAUUGUAUUUUUAUAUUGCGUAACUUUAUUAUUCCUUCCCACACCAACACUUCCUUUUUCGUCCUUUUUUUUACUGGUGUCAUCUGGAUCUUUGGUUCUCAGAAAUCUCUAAUACAGUAAGAACUGGAUCACCAGUCUGAAGCUGUCCAUGUGGGGAUUGUACCACGAAUAAGGGCACCAAACUAUCAAGUCUCAUUUGUUUUGUAAUAAUGUGUUUUAACCUCCCCGCACGUCAUCCAGCUCCACUGCCAAACCACCUCCUUCCUCUAAACGUGUCACUCAUCUUUUCUGUCCUGUUUUUUUUAUUUGUUUUUUUUUUAAAGAUGUCACAUCCAAGAUUUCUUCCAAAUUGAGCUCCUGUUCUCGUCUACAUGUUUGGAAAAUUGGAAAAUUGUCUAUUUGAAUGCUAAAUGACUGGGAUUUUUAAUUUUUAUAGGAAUAAAAAAAAAAGUCAUUCCAUAAUUGACCUGAAGUUCUGGGCGUCUGUUUAAAAAAAAAAAAGAUUUUAACAUUUUAUCCCCUUUUUUUUAUUUUUUUUUUUUGUUUUUAAUUUGUGAAAGCUUUAUUUAUUCUAUUUAGUGGGUAAAGGGGGAGGAUCAUGUCUAUUUAGAUCACAUAUUUGAUAAGCUAACCCCUUCAUACACCCGACAUGAGAUAUUGCUGGUCAGAUAUGGAGGUGUGUGUGUGUGUGUGUGUGUGUGUGUGUGUGUGUAUGUGGGGGGGAGAAAUAAAAAAGAAACACACAUUAUUCCCAGUUUUUAUACCCUGAAUAUUUGAAAUGUCAUGCAUAUAUAUUCAAGCCCUCGCCUCAUCUGAAGGUGUGAAUGUAUAUAUAUAUAUGACCAACCUUCAUUUGAACUUUUUGUUAAAUGAUAGCGUAGCUUUUGUAUAUUGUAUACAUGUAUAAUUAUUUUAACUAUGUGCGCUGCCAUCAGUAUCAGUGGUGAACUCCCGGUUUUUAUAGUUUUGUUUGGGGAAACGAAAUCAGAAGUAAAAGUCUCUCGUCCUUCCUAAUCUUGAGAUCUAGUCUAGCUUCCUCUUUAUAACAUCUAUGUUUUUGUUUUGUUUUUUUAAUAAUGAUGUAUUUUUUGUAUAUCUAAACCUUUUUUGUCGUUGUCUCUUUGACUGAAAAUGUAGUGUCUUAUUUUCUUUGUACAUUGUCCUUCAUAGAGAUCAAAAAACCUGCAAACUCUAUGGCUUUUUUUUUUUUAUUUUUAUUUUUUUAACUCAAAACACUCAGCUCCCCUUUUUUUGUUUAUUAUUCACCUCCCUCUUCACUUCCUGCAUACAUAAAAAUCCAAGCCUCCAAGCAUACAAAAACCCAUUUUUCUAUUCACAUCCUCUAUUUUCAUAAUCUCGAGUUCACGUUCAGGUCAGGUUGCAGUAAAUUGACAACUUUAAGACCUCAAACAACAUCAGGAUUGUGAGAAAUAAACAGCCCGGUUGAAUAAUUUGUUUUGAGGCGACACAUCAGGAUGCUGGGAGGAGGGGGGUACGGACAGAAAAAUAACAACAACAACAAAAAAACCAACAAACCAAUGACUUCACUGACCUCUGCUGGAACCAGUCUGUGUGUAUAUCUGUAGUUUUUGCUGUAAUAUAUUUAGAGGCAUUUUUUUAAUCAUGGAAAAAUAUAUUGGGCAAUUCUUUGGGAUUGCAUGAGUUUCUAAUAGUUUUCUUUUUGUAGGGAAGUAAUAUUGGCACAACAGUUUUUGUAACAAAACCAGAAAACUUUGGCAUGUUUUAAGGAUGUCUAUUAUCUCCUGAUCUGUUGCAUUAUUGCUCAAGGACGCCACAGGAAUAUCUCAGAAUCGCAGUGAAACUGCAUUGUUAAGCAUGCGCUGACCGACCGAAGGCAUGUUACAGACGCUCGGGGAGAAAGUGAUGUUAUCGUAGAAAAUAAUCUAGGACAGUUGAAUCUGAUUUAAAGAGAAGAAAUGAAGCCUGUUUUGUAAAAUAUUUUGUAAAUUAGUCUCAGCAUGGUCUUCACAAAGGAUAAACCACUCUAUUUAUCAUAGCGUUUUGAUACUGGCUAAGGCCAAAAUCAUAACUUCCAAGACAAAACAAAGUCCUAUAUAUGUGCUGCUUGCAGUGCACACAACUUAGGCUUCUAUACACAAUAUUUAGCUUUUAGAUUAGUUGGACAGAAUAUAGCAAAUCCCAAUUCUAAAAAUGUUAUAGAAGUGUGUUCUGGUGGGUUGAGUCCGAGUAAUGGGAUGUGGAUGUCCGUGUGCUGUAUGUAACUGUUUUAUAUUCUCCGCAGAGAUAAGGAGGAUGUAUUAAUGUGUAUCUCAAGGUUAUGAAAUAACCAGUAGCAAGAUCUGCAUACGAAUGGAGAGAAAGUUAUGUUCACAGAGAAAAAUAAAAGCUGCAAGGGGAUUAAGGGAGGAAGUUGGUGCCAAUGACUGAAGUGUUAACAGAGUUUCCUAUUUACCUCAUGAUGAAUCUGGGAGGAAAGACACCCUGUCCGCUGUGUAUAGAUCCUAGUAGACUGGUUUUUGGUGUUUUGUCUGCUCCUUACAUUUUUGUUAACUGUUAUUUCUUAUGAAUCUGAUCUUGUACAUUUGUCAUAAUAAAAUGGGUUUUAAGCCUCA